AGGCAUCUGGGGUGGCUGCAGUUGCAGAGAAUGGAUUUGUUAAGAAGAGAGCCCUCUCAGUUUUGCUCUGGUUUUUCCUGCCUCCAGGAAUCUCUCUGAGUUUUUGGAUGGGACAGCAUAUCCCAGCAUGAGCAAAGGAUGCUCUGCAACAUGGAACAGAGCACAUGUCAGACAUGCUGGCUGCUGCCACGCACAGUAAUAGAUGACUGCAUAGCAGAUUCUCUCCUGUUGCUUGCAGCCCUUCCCCUCUGACAGCACUGCCUGUAAUGCACAUUCAGGGCUCUGUCCUGAUCAGGUUGUUCUCUUCUUGACUUUCCAAGGGCAUUGAAUGCUACCUCCAGCUCCAGCUCUCUUUUCAACUCUCAAAAGCGAUCCUUGAUGUUUACAGGCCAUUGAAAGACAAGAGAUGAGUUGGAACUCAAGGCUUAUUCCCAAGCCUCCUCCAUUCACACGUCUGUUCUUUGGAUACAGAUAUAAGGUCUCCAGCAAACCUAAAGUAAAGAUUAAACCUGAACCACACUUGCCAUUUUGCUACAAGAGUCCCGAGGAACAACAGUUCUUUGUUGAGAUCUACAUCAAGAAGAUGGCAGAGGAAACUGAAUUAUUUAUUAGGGAUGGACAGAAUGACACUGUGCUCUGGGAGUCAUCACUGAGAUCAGGUGAUUUCAGUCUUUCUAGAAAUGUCUCCAAUAUUCCUUCAGGUGCAGCCUUCCUGAAGAAGCACAAGACAGAGCUUUGUUCCAGGAUGGGGCAGAUCUCCUCCAUUCUACUAAAUUUAAGGGUUGAAGAUGUAAUCAACAGUGACGAAGAAGAGGAAGUACAAGCUGAAAAUACAAAACAAAAGAAGAAUCAAUUUCUGCUGGACCUAGUUGAGAAAAAAGGGCACAGGGCCCAAGAGAAGCUCUAUCAGAUCCUCCAGAAAAAAGACCCAUUCCUUGUUGAUGACCUGGAUAGUAGCUAAAACUAGGAAAGCAGACAGCUUUUGUUCCCAUUCCCAGAUUUUGAGAGUGACAGGAGAGUCAGGCAAAAGGAGGGAUUUGUCAAUGCCUGAAUCCUGAACUUUUCAUGCAAAAUCCAUGACACAUUGCAAUGCCAAACUCUUCUGAGCCACCAACUGCCAGGCCUCCUUCCGUUACCUGACAUGCUCACUUGCAGUGGACAGUCAGUCACCUCUGAGAAGCUGCUGCAACAACAAACCUUUGUCCCUAAUCGAGCGCCCACGUUGUGAAGCCAUCUGCCUUCUGAGAUCACAGGGCCUCUGCAUCUCCAGAUGCUCCAGGCAGCUGCUGGUCGAGGAGCUCUCAUCACAACAGGUACCUCAACACCACAACAGGUGGGGGUUGGAGGGGACCUCUGGAAAUCACACAGUCCAACCCUUCUUAAAGCAGUUCCCUACAGUAUGUUACCCAGGAAAGUGUACAGGCAGGGUCUGAGUACGUCCACAGACUUUACAGCCUCUCUGGACAACUUGUUCUAAUGCUGUAACCCUCACAGUUAAAAUUUUUCCUCAUCAGUUGAGAUCAUCGCACCAUCCAUCAACCUGACCAUUGUUUUCAACUAUUUUUUGUAAUUACAUUAUAUUCCACUUA